GGUGAAAAUGAAAUCCUUGAAACUCUACACAAUAUUGCAAGCAAGAACAAGAUAUGGAGGUCCUAUAUAGGCAUGGGUUAUUACAACUGCUCAGUGCCUCAGCCCAUUGCACGGAAUCUGCUGGAGAAUGCAGGAUGGGUUACCCAGUACACUCCUUACCAACCUGAGGUCUCCCAGGGCAGGCUGGAGAGCCUGCUGAAUUACCAGACUAUGGUGUGCGAUAUCACGGGAAUGGACGUGGCUAACGCGUCUUUGCUGGACGAGGGGACAGCUGCAGCAGAAGCCAUGCAAUUGUGCCACAGGCACAACAAAAGAAGGAAGUUUUAUGUAGAUGCCCGAUGCCACCCUCAAACUAUAGCAGUGGUCCAAACUAGAGCAAAUUAUACAGGUGUUAUUACUGAGCUCAGAUUACCCCAUGAGAUGGAUUUCAGUGGAAAGGAUGUCAGUGGAGCAUUGUUUCAGUAUCCGGACACUGAAGGGAAGGUGGAAGACUUCUCUGAACUUGUUGAAAGAGCUCAUCAGAGCGGGACUCUCACCUGCUGCGCGACUGAUCUUCUGGCUCUGUGUCUUCUGAAGCCUCCUGGAGAGUUUGGGGUGGAUGUUGUCCUGGGUAACUCCCAGAGGUUCGGCGUGCCACUCUGCUACGGGGGACCCCACGCGGCGUUCUUUGCUGUCAAGGAAAAUCUAGUGAGAAUGAUGCCGGGCAGAAUGGUGGGCGUCACGAGAGAUGCAAACGGCAAGGAAGUGUACCGACUUGCUCUGCAAACACGAGAGCAGCAUAUCAGGAGGGAUAAAGCCACCAGCAAUAUCUGCACAGCACAGGCUCUUCUGGCUAACAUGGCAGCUAUGUUUGCUGUUUACCAUGGUUCUGAAGGAUUAAGGCAUAUUGCACGUCGGGUGCACAAUGCUACACUAAUCUUGGCUGAAGGUCUCAGGAGAGCUGGUCAUAAACUGCAUCAUGAUCUGUUCUUUGAUACCCUGAUGAUCACGUGUGGAUGCUCAGUCAAAGAGGUUUUGGACAGAGCAGCUCUUAGAAAGAUAAAUUUUCGGAUUUAUAGUGAUAACAGACUUGGAGUAUCACUUGAUGAAACUGUAAAUGAGAAAGAUCUGGAUGACAUAUUAUGGAUUUUUGGUUGCGAGUCUUCAGCUGAGCUAAUUGCUGAGGGCAUGGGUGAGGAAACCAAAGGCAUCCUUUGCACUCCAUUUAAAAGAACUUCCAAAUUCUUGACGCAUCAGGUUUUCAACAGCUAUCACUCUGAGACAAAUAUCGUGCGAUACAUGAAAAGAUUAGAAAACAAAGACAUUUCCCUUGUUCACAGCAUGAUUCCUUUGGGAUCCUGUACAAUGAAGCUCAAUAGUUCAGCUGAACUUACACCUAUUUCAUGGAAAGAAUUUGCCAACAUCCACCCCUUUGUGCCCCUGGACCAAGCUCAAGGGUAUCAGCAGCUUUUCAAGGAUUUAGAGAAAGACCUAUGUGAGAUUACUGGCUAUGACAAAAUCUCCUUCCAACCAAACAGUGGAGCCCAAGGAGAGUAUGCAGGUUUGGCUGCAAUCAAAGCUUAUUUAAAUGCAAAAGGAGAACGUCAUAGAACUGUUUGCCUUAUUCCUAAAUCUGCUCAUGGUACAAAUCCAGCAAGUGCACAAAUGGCAGGGAUGAAGAUUCAGCCCAUUGAAGUGGAUAAAAAUGGGAGCAUUGAUAUCUCCCAUUUAAAAGCAAUGGUGGACAAGCACAAAGAGAACUUGGCAGCCAUCAUGAUCACGUACCCUUCCACGAACGGUGUGUUUGAAGAAGACAUUGGAGACGUGUGUGACCUGAUUCACAAACAUGGAGGCCAGGUUUACUUAGACGGAGCAAAUAUGAAUGCCCAGGUGGGUCUGUGUCGUCCUGGAGAUUAUGGUUCUGAUGUCUCUCACUUAAAUCUUCACAAAACCUUUUGCAUUCCCCAUGGAGGAGGAGGACCUGGAAUGGGACCAAUUGGAGUGAAGAAACAUUUGGCUCCCUACUUGCCUACCCACCCUGUCAUCAAAACACAGCCGGAUAAGGAUGCGUGUCCUUUGGGUACUGUCAGUGCUGCACCUUGGGGUUCCAGUGCUAUAUUGCCAAUUUCCUGGGUGUACAUCAAGACAAUGGGAGCAAAGGGUCUGAAACAUGCUUCUGAGAUUGCCAUACUAAAUGCAAACUAUAUGGCCAAGAGGCUAGAGAAGCACUACAAAAUCCUUUUCAGGGGAGCAAGAGGUUAUGUAGCCCAUGAAUUCAUUUUGGAUACGAGACCUUUCAAAAAAACAGCAAAUAUUGAAGCUGUAGAUCUUGCUAAGAGACUUCAGGAUUACGGUUUUCAUGCUCCAACCAUGUCCUGGCCAGUGGCAGGGACCCUUAUGAUUGAACCAACAGAAUCUGAAGACAAGGCAGAGCUGGACAGAUUUUGUGAUGCAAUGAUCAGUAUUCGACAGGAAAUUGCUGAAAUAGAGGAGGGCAGGAUGGACCUCCAAAUUAACCCACUAAAGAUGUCACCACACACUCUGAACUGUGUCACUUCUUCCAAGUGGGAUCGCCCUUAUUCCAGAGAAGUGGCUGCAUUUCCACUG